CCCAAACCUCUCAUAAUACGUCUGCCUUUCCUUGCAUCAAAAGAUGAGACCGCUGGGUUGCAGUUCUCGACACUAAUGCAAUUUCAACCUUUUGCAAAAAAACAUACUGCUGCUGCCUUGAAGUCAAAACGGACACUUUUUAACUUCAUCCGACUACAACUCUACUUCAAACUCAACCGGCAACGCUACUUGAGAGAGGAGAAGAACCAGCUUCCAGAACACAUCUCAUCGAACGCCAUCUCAUCUCCAUACCUACCACCGAGGAAGAAAUCAAGAACCGUCUUAUAUUCGCACACAACCAAAUUCCUACUACCACAGCCUUCCUUCAAAAAACCACAUUUCACAAUGGGAACACCGUUCGUGUCCCUCCUAGAGCCGACCCGGCUCGACGCCUACAUCCGCGGCGCGCCGCACGACGAGCAGCCGGCGACGAUACCAAAGGAGAUUUGCGACGCCAUGGAGGUGCGCGAGGCCGUCUUCGUCGCAGAGCAAGGCGUCCCCGCCGAGAACGAGUUCGACGCCGACGACAGCCGCGCCUGCCACUGGGUCUCGUAUGCCUCUGUCAAUAAAGUCGUCGAGCAGGAGGUGCUCGACGACGCCGGCAACAUCGUCCGGCCCCGCCGCAGCAGCACCCGCAGCACGCCCAUCGGGACCAUCCGCCUCGUGCCCUUUCCCCACGCCCCGCACCCCAAGGACGGGGGCGUCUACUGGGACGGGGUGUUGAAGGAGGAUCCUGCGGCGGCGGCGGAUGUUGCGCCGAACGGGGAGAAGAAAGUGGGAGGAGACAACAAGGAGUCUUCAGAGUCGACGAGCAGCCCCGCGGAGGAAAAGGCCGAGAGCGCGGCGGAGCACGUGGGCGAGGAGAGGCGCAUGUCGGCGACCAAAGUCUUUGCGCCGGACCGCGCGACGGCGCUGCACGACGGGCGGGAGCCGUACGUGAAGCUGGGCCGGCUGGCCGUGGUCAAGGAGUUUAGGGGACACCGGAUCGCGAGGCUGCUGGUCACGACGGCGCUGGCGUGGCUGCGGGCGCACCCGAGCUACUUCGACCCCAGUGUCAAGGAGUUGGGACUCGAGGCGAUCGGGGCGACGAGCGCCGAGGAGGUGCCCAAGUGGAGGGGGCUCGUCUGCGUGCACUCGCAGGCGGCCGUGGUGGGCGCGUGGGAGAAGUUUGGGUUCCGGGUCGACGAGGAGAUGGGGACUUGGUGGGAGGAGGGGAUCGAGCACAAGGGUAUGUUUAUGCGGUUGGAUGUCGAGGAGGAGAAGCCCAUCCUUUGAAGAGGAAUGGAUGAAUCAGCGAUGCUUGGCUGGAGGUUGGCCGCUUUUAAAAGGAGAGAACGGAAGGCUGGGGAGGCAUCCUUGCCUGGCUUAGCAAUGAUUGAUGAUGGGGUCUGGCUGAUCGAGAUGGGGGAUCUUUGAUGGUUUACGAUACCCCAUGAUGAAGGCUUUCUGCUUUUGGACCAAGGUUCCUUAAUAUUACUUGGUAGUUUCGUCAAGACGACAUGGGCAUGUCGAGUUCGCACAUGCAUUUUCGAGGUACCAUUACGUGGGAGGAAGCAGUGACAUGCUAUGACGUUAAGAUAUCACCAAACUGGG